AUGGAUAACCAACAAGAUAAGGCUGUUGUUGCCUCAGCCAACGGAGAAAACACUAUGAUUAAUGGGGUCAAGGAAAAUGAUUCAGAGGACCAGGAUGUGGCAGUGAAGUCAUUUGAAGCUCUAGAAGCUGCUACACCAAUCCAGCCUAUACUGGUGACUCAAAAAGAGAACCUGAUGUAUCCCAGAGGUCUCCUGCCUUUGCCCUCUAAGAAGCCCUGUAUGCAGAGCCCUCCCUCUCCUUUGGGCCUGAUUGAAGCACCUGAGCAUGCUGCUAAUAGUGCUUCUGUGAAUGCCAUCUCCCUUACAUCUGGUGUUGCAAAAGGCCUGAACACAUGGUCACUGCCCAAUGAGUGUGAGAAAGCUCCAUUUGCCAUAAUGGAGCCUGCAGGCAUGUCAGCUCUGAAUGGGGAGUGCCUCAUGCAGCCAAGCCGGACUUGCUUGGGCUGCUUCAUGGAAUCCAAGGAUGCAGUAGAUCCUGAGCCAGGGAUCAGUCUAAAAGUCAGUGAUCUAAAUAGGGAUUAUGAAACUUGUGCAGUCUCUGAUAUAGGGAUUCAGUGUAUUAAUGCUGGAGAAAACAUGAAAUACGGAGAGCAGCUGCUCUCAGACCAGCUCCUAGGCUUCCCACUGCACAAAUCAAGGGCAGGAGAUAGACGAGAAGCCGAGAAACCUGACAUUGACUUGGAGGACCCAGCUCAGAAAAGUUAUUAUGAGGCAUUACUAUUAGAUAAGUGCAAUACGGAAGAGGCUUUGCUGGCAAAUUCCAAUCAGGAUUGGGGUUACUUUGAGACUUUUAUUAGUGAGAGUAAGAUUGAACUGCUUGACCUCUGUUCUAAGAAUGAGCUGUCUGUCAACCUGUUCUCUGAAGAAGAUGUGGAUAACUACAUGUUCGAUGAUGAUGAGUCAACACUGGGCAGUGAUGUCUGCUCCCUGAAAAUUCGAUAUGAAUCCUUCCAGGACAAUGUUCGAGACAAAACCACCCUUCUGAUGCAGGAGGAUGCCCAAUUCAACUUUUUUCCCAGUGUCUUCACUACCUGCCCCAAGCGGGAGUCUAAGAGUGGGGUCCUGAAGCAGAGCAGUGAUCUUUCCCAAUUCAAGGUCCCUGAUGUGAGCAUUAUCUGGGGGGAGGAAGAUAAAAACUUGGACAAGAAGAAAGGCAAAGAAGAAGGCCAGGAAGACAAAGGUGUAGAGAAAAAAGAUGCAGAGGAUAAUGGAGAAAAAUCUGCCUUAAAUAAACCAUGCAGUGGACCUGAAGUAGGGCAAUUUAAGAAUCCAAAGCAGGGCCAUCUUGCCAAUUCCUUGGAGGCAUCAGGGAAUUUUAGUGAUGACAGUUCCUUCAUUGAGGUCUCUUAUGAUGCCAUGGGGGAGAUCAAGGACUGUAGCCGCUAUAUGGCUCGGGACACUAAUUCUGGCAGCUCCUCCUCCCAGCAGAAUUAUGGGCUGCGAGCCAAGAGAAAAGUCAGGUAUAGUGAAGAUUAUCUAUAUGAUGUUGAUUCACUAGAGGGUGAAAAAGUAAAUGAGAGGAAGGAAUGGCUGCCAGGUGGCUGUAAAGAGGAAGAUGAUGAUGAAUGGUGUCCCAAAAAGAGAAGAAAAGUAACUCGUAAGGAGCCCCCUGUUAUUAUCAAAUAUAUCAUCAUCAAUCGUUUUAAAGGUGAGAAGAACAUGCUGGUGAAGUUGGGCAGGGUGGAUGCCAGUGAGACAACAGUGAAUUUGAGUGAGACGCAGCUCAACAAAUAUACCAAGCUGGCCCCCUUGAAGGGCUUCUGGCAAAAGAAGAAAAAGCAGAGAAACAGCAAUUCAGACUCCAACAAAACACCCUUAUGCCAAAAGCAAAGCUUUGAACCAGGUAGCUUUGAGGUGUCAUUCCUGCCACCUGCUCGCAAACGAAAAUCUAAACUUGGCAACAGGCACAGGAUUCAAAGAAUCCCAUCCAUGGAAACUUCAGCAAGUGGUAAGCAGGUUUCAUUCUGCAAUGAUGAGAGGCAAGCUAGUAGUCGUAAAGAAGAUGGAGGCCUGAAAGGUACACUGAAGUCAGCACCUCUGGCUGCCCCCGGCUGUGCAAAUGGAUCACAUUUAAAUGACAUCACAGGCCCUGACUCAGUGAAAGUCAAAGCCCAAGAUGCACAAUUUAAGGGGCCAGAGAGGAAAGUGCUCAACAAAAUCAAAUUUAAAAGUGAAGCCAGGUUAAAAUCCAAGAAAAUCAAAGCUGGGCAAGAAAGCAAGCCAGUUGUUCAAAUGACCCCUCUUUUGGGAGACCAAUCUUCCAAGGCUAAUUCAAAGAAUGAAGCUACUCCUGGGACCUCAAGUGGUUCACAUCUAUCUGAAUUUCAUGAGACAAAGGUUGCUAAGAACUCUACUUUCCUAUCAACCACUUGCUCUUCUGAAAUGCCUCUAUCAUCUGCUCAUGUUGCCAACAAUAUACCUGUUAUCCCUGGAGGGUACUUGCAGACAUUGUUAGAUGCUUCUGACUUGUCAAAUAAUACUGGCAUUUCAUACUUCACUCAGCAUUCUCCAGAGCAAAAUGAAGUCAGCCUCACUCAAACAGAAAAAUCAUUUGUACCUCUCCAGCCUGCCCAGGACUGUGUGCUUUCCUCGCCUUCUGAGUCUGAGCUGCUUCAAUCAUCCCAAAACUUCAAAAUGGAAUCAAGCAACUAUGGAAAUGUGUGGCCCAACAAACCUACUUCUGGCUCCCAGGAAUUCAUGGCUGCAGUCUCAAGGGAGAUAGCUCCAAACCAAUCAUGUGAAUUUGGAGUCUCCCAAGUAGUUUCCAUGGAAAAUAACCUCACAGCUACAACAUACAAUCCGAUCUGCCUCAACAGUGGUGGCAGUAGUUGCAACAAGGUCCUGUAUGCCUCUGUGCAAGACACCCAGCUCUCAUCUGAUGACUCUUAUCAAUUAUGUCACUUUAAUAAUGGAGAGAUCUGCUUUCCUUUCCAGCAGGGUCCAGUGAAUAUGGAUGAUGGGCGGCUCUUUAGCUUUGAUUCCAUGGCCCCACUCUCUGUCAACUCAAGCAAUUAUUGCUCCUUAAGCUUGAAGUCUUGUGAAAAGGAUGGUGAUGAUGAUAUCACUGAUGACUUCCUGGCCCAUUGCAGCCCCAAGCUGGUGAUCCAGCAGAGCAUUGAUGAAAUAGCACCACUAAAGGAGUCCACUGACCUCCUGGAUAUCUCCAACUUCACUCCUGACAAAUUCCGCCACUCUUCCCUCUCAGAGGUGUCCCCACCUGACACCCCCAGUCUUUCCCCUCAGAUUACCAGAUGUGAGAAUAUCAAGACACUAGGAACACUAAAGGGGUUCCAAGAGGGUGUCCCAGGAAUACUGGGCAAUAUGGAAAAAAUCAAAUGGGACUGCAGUACCCUUUCACGUCAGGUCCAAGUGGAUGAUGGAUUUACUUUAAAUAACCAUCAGUUUCAGUUCCAUAUGUUCAAUGAUGAGGAUUCUGUCAGCCUGCUCCAAAAAGCCCCUUGCUUAUCAGCGUUUAAUGAUCCAUCUGGUCAAAUGAGUACCAACAACAAGGUGUCAAAAUCAAGAAAGAAAAGUUCACCCAACAAGAGUGGGGCUACGAACCAAAGCUCUUCUCAGAAAAACAACAGGAAAAAAAACCCCAAAGCCAACAACAAGGGGAUUGAAAAACCACCUGGCAAAGCCUCCCGCCAAGUCCCUAAGUCAACAAAGAAAGGGAAAUUCAUGGCUGCAGUCAAUGGAGAGAAAAUGCAAAUUGGCAUCAGUCGUGGAGGAGGCCAAAUCAACAGCAUAUCCUCCACAGGGAAGACUUUGGCUGAAUGUAUCCAACAUAGUGGCCCUGUGGCCUCUAUGAAGAUGCCAAGUCAGAAGGGACUUUCUGGAGAUUGGUCUUUAGGGAAGGAGAGCAGCCCAGGCUGGAGUGACAUGAGCAUGGGCACCAACACCAACAACCUUCUGGAUGAUGAUCAACGGGAAUUUCAGGAGCCUUCUUAUAUCUUGUCCAACAUUGCCUCUGGUAUGGCAGAUGUGCAGAGAUUCAUGAUGGCCUCCAUAGAGCCCCUUUGCGAACCCAUGGAGCACCAUGGAGACCCCAAUAUAUUCUACUCCCCUGAGUCCAAUAGUCUAAAAUUAAAAACCCUCAAAAUAUUGGCUGGGACACCACAGGAAUCUAAGAAAAAGGCCAACAGUGGCUCUCCAGGAGCCACUAAGAAUCACCGGUCCAUCAAGGGUGUGAGUAAAAGCAAUGGGAAAGCAGCGAUAGGUGAUCCUGGUCGUGCAAGCAUGCCUGGUUAUAACGAGGACUCUCGCUCUGCCUUCUUUGAUAAAAAGUAUAAUAACCUGAGCACUUUAGGCAAUAAUGGACCGACACACAAAAAGUUAUAUCGUCACAAAACCAGCUCCAAGGCCCUGAGAGAUGAGAAGUGUAAGGGAAAGCGUAUGGAGCGAGAACAGGUCCACAAGGAUGAGGCUGGGACAGCUUCUUUUGAAAAACUGAGGGAUUCCGACUACAAUCUCCUAAAAGCAGAAACAGCAUUUUGGGUUUUACCUGUGUUUGAAGAAGAGACUCCCAUUUUCCAGAAAGACAUUUGA